AUGGUGUCAGCGCGAAAGGUGGCAGAGCUAUCAACUGUAUCAACGUGCAACUGUCUUCUUGCAGAUUGUUCUACAGUUUAUGGAAAUAAGGUUGACUUUAUUGCUGGUUGCUACGAACUUAUUUUAGAUUCUGAUGGAUCUGUUGAUAUGGGAUACCGUGGGUCUGUCAAUGGAUAUGCAUUGGAACAUGAAAAUACGAAUAAAUAUUCACUAAAUAAAGUGACAUCCACUACGACAGAUUCUGUAACAGAUAUUUUACCUGGUAUAUUCGAUCUAACUUGUUGCUCUGAUGGAGUUCACUUGAUGACGAGUUGCACAGACGGUGCCGUACGCCUCUUUGGGUUUGAAGAAGGAUUUUUAAAAGAAUCCGUCUAUCCCGUGCAUAACACAAUGCUCACUAGUUGUAGCCCUUUUUACCUCUCAGGUGGCGAGAUGGUAACCAAAGCCAAAUGGCUUUGUACCGCUCAUCAAGGGGCAGUUCUUGUUUACGAUGCAAUUACAAUGAACGUUGUUUGUAAUUUGGAGGGUCAUGAUUACGAUGCAUGGUGUUCAGCUACAAUUGAUACUGAAAUAUCACUUUCUGGGGGUGAUGAUGGUUUACUGAAGUGGUGGGAUUUGCGAAGUGAUAGCAAAGCCAUCAGAAAGAUGCAAUUUGGCGCUGGUGUUGUCUCUAUAGCUCCUGUUACUGAAGGCGGGGUUGCCACCACACUCUCUUUGGUUGGAUCGUACGAUGAGCAUUUAUAUAUUGUAGACUCAAGAUUACCGAAGGAGCCGUUGACUUCUAUCAAUCUUGGUGGUGGUGUAUGGCGCUGUUCACGGCAAUUAUUUCGUGAAGGACUUCCCUCGGAGUCUAAAACUUCUAUGGAACACUACGGCUGGGUACACCCAUCUAACGUAUUAGCCAUCCCUGUCAUGCAGCGAGGGGUGGCAUUGGUGAGUUAUAACAUUAACGCAUCGGAAGAAAAUAUGACUACGCUAUUGGGAUAUCUUCACAACGAAAAAAAUCACUCAGAAGAAGAUGGUUUGCCUGAGAAUGCUCUUUUUUACGACUCUGCCGUUCUUCAUCGAGGGUUCACGUGUGACACCAACACAGAUAUACAUGAUGACACUGCUACCGUGGUCACCUGUGACUUUUAUAAUAAAAAGGUUGCCUUGUGGAAUGUUGAGGGGAUUCUUCCUCCCGCUUAA